AUGCGAGCAGUCCCAGGUAAAGUGUCCCAGCUCUCUAUGGAGGCGCUGGAUGACUCCAACUCUCUGAAGGUGAUGUGGGCUCCCCCUGGUGGAGACUGGGAUAAGUACAGGGUGCUGCUGUUAAAUGGGACCCAGACUCUGGAUAACAGGACCGUGGAGAAAGAAGUGGUGGAGUACACCUUCUCUGGCCUGGGACUGGUUCCUGGGAGGACCUACAGGGCUGGGGUCAUGGUGGAGAGCACUGGGGAGCAAGGCACUGUGGAGUACUGCCACAGAGGAAUAGACCUCCCUCAGCGCCCUGUGGAGUCACGCCCCCAACUCAGCCAACACGGCUACGCCGUUAGCUCCGCCAUGGCAAUGCCACGGUUGCCCACGAGAGACCUGACCCGUGACAUGAGGGAGUGCACCUUCAACGUGCUCAUGCCUGGACGCGUGUUCACCAUUACCGUGACAACCAAGAGCGGGGAACUCAACAGCUCUGUGUCUGUGCUAGGGAGGACAGUACCUCUGGAGGUGAGGCGUGUCCACCUGAGCAACCAGGGCCACGUGGACAGGUUACAGGCCAGCUGGGAACUCCCCCCUGGAGAUCUGGACUUCUGCAGCCUGCAGCUCCUCCACAACAACCGGGCUGUGCAGAACCACACCGUCCCAGCCAACACCACCUCUCUGCAGCUCAGAGACCUCAGGCCUGGCGCCUCCUACAGCCUGGUGGUCAGUACUGUCAGUGGUGGGAUGGUGUCGAAGCAGGCCGUGGCUGAGGGACGCACUGUACCAGCUGCGGUCGGAGAGGUCACGGUCAGUAACAACGGUCGUCCAGACUUCCUGGGGGUGUCGUGGCAGCCAGCGGUCGGAGAUGUGGACAGUUACCUGGUCCUACUGAAGGACCGCGACAGGACCGUACACAACCUGGUGGUUUCUAAGGCAAGCCCAGAGUGUGUGUUUAACUCCCUCACAGUCAGGGAGGCUGUACACCGUCUCCAUAGCAACCCGCAGCGGCAGCUUCCAGAACAACACGGUGGUGACGGCUCCAACACGCAG